AUGGAUAUUGAUGGUGAUAAUUACAUGUUAGACGUUCAAAAUGAAGGCCAGGUUCGUGAUAUAACUAAUUACAUCAGCUCUCAACGAGUGAACGAGAAUUCGUUAAUGAGCGUAGAAGAAAUAGAUUCAGCGAUUCCUGUGAUGGAAUUGACUAGUACUCAAACUAUUUUUGUUGUUGAUACAAAUUUUGUUAUAUCUCAUUUGAAUACAUUAGAGAGACUUCGUCAAUUAUCCGAAAAAUUAUAUCAUAAAAUAGUCAUACCAAAUACCGUAUUUAAAGAGUUAGACGGAUUAAAACAAUCCGAUCGGAUGGCGAAAUGGUCGCCAACAGAUGGACAGGCACUUGAGAGUACAAUUGGGGCGUUGGCAAGAAGGGCUAAUGAUUGGAUAUAUAGGAAUCUAACAAAUCAAGGAACAGGUAUAAUGGGCCAGAAACUUCGUCAAAGGUUGGAUCUCUUAUGCAUAAAAGAUGAUGCUAUUUUGGAUUGCUGCCUUUACUUCAAAGAGAAAUUAAAAUCUUUUGUUAUUUUGCUGUCUAACGAUAAGAAUCUAUGUUUGAAGGCUCUGGCUGAAGAUAUUUUAACGGUCUCAUACGUUCCAACCAUGACAGCCGAGUUAAUUGCAACAAAAGCUUAUGAUGAAAAUAUUUUUAGAUUUGGAAUUCGAGGUAAUUACCAAACUGAAAUGAGUAUCGACACAAACAAUGAAACACAUGACAUAAAUUUGAACACAAAUGAGAAACCCAACUAUACAACAGUCGAUCGAAUUGAAAUCGAUACCACAAAUGACACUCCAGAAGUAAAAGAUCUUGAUAUAUCGGAAACUGCCCCAUAUCUAUAUAAUGAAAUUACCAUUCACGUAAUAGAAGGUAUAAAUGAUGCAAUGAAAGAAGAAUAUGGCGACGAACUAGAAUUAAUUGAUUACAAUAAAGAGAAGAUUAAGAACUUAACUGAUUGCUCAAAAUGUUUGAGAAAAUUUUGGUUGUCAGUGUUUUCAAGUUAUUUUAGAGGUGCAAAAUUAUAUCAGAAUAGUUGGAAAGAUCUUCCUAAUGUUUUAACCGUAAUACCUGAAACAAUCAAUGAUUUAAUCGUUUUCAACAAUUUUUGGCAAGACAUUAUACGGCAUCUAUUGUCAAAGAAAGAUAAAACGGAACAACUGCAUUCAAAACAAAUAUUUAAAGAUUGGAAUAGUAUUAUUAAACACUCAAAAUAA